CUUAUGUCAGGACCAUUCAGCACUGAGGAGCUUUCUCUACCUCUGCCUCUCCUUUCUGAAGCAUCUUCGCUCACCGCUAGUUAGCCGCAGGACAGUGAGGCACUUCUGCCUGACACACUCCCCCAACUCGGCGCCUGUUGUACUUCCUGCAGUGUUUUAUAAAAGGAAAUAAAUACAAAAUGGGGAAUUCCACAGCAGGAACUAUGGAAGAUAUACAUCUAAAUUGCAACAUGUCUGGGAACCAUAAAUUCAUCUUCACUUUGAUCCCCGUCGUCUAUGGCUGCAACUUCAUCAUCGGCAUUGUGGGGAACAGCAUGGUGGUGGCCGUCAUCUACAGGUACAUGAAGCUGAAGACGGUGGCCAACAUCUUCGUGCUGAACCUGGCCGUGUCCGACCUCACCUUCCUCAUCACCCUGCCCAUGUGGGCCACCUUCACCGCCACGGGCUACCGCUGGCCCUUCGGCGGGUUCCUGUGCAAAGCCAGUGCCGGGAUGGUCAUCUUCAACCUGUACACCAGCGUGUUCUUCCUCACCUCGCUCAGCAUCGACCGCUACCUGGCCAUCGUCCACCCUGUGCGCUCGAGGCGGCAGAGGACAGCGGUCUACGCGCGUAUCACCUGCGUCCUCGUCUGGCUGUUCGCCUUCCUCCUGAGCGUGCCCACCGCGUUGACCCGCGACGUCUUCCAGAUCAGGACCUCCAACAUCACGGUGUGCGCCAUACUGCACGGUUCCGAACCCAACCGCGUCAUGGUGGCCAUCAGCCUGAUGAAGACCGUCCUGGGCUUCCUCGUGCCCUUUGUCAUCAUCUUCACCUGCUCCUGCCUGAUAGGCAAGGCCCUCCUGGACUCGGACCGCAUCUGGAAGGACAAGUCGCGCAGCGACGAGGUCCUGCGCAUGCUAGCCGCCGUGGUGCUGGCGUUCUUCAUCUGCUGGGUGCCUCACCAGGUCUUCCACUUCCUGGACGUGCUGGCCCUGCUCAAGGUGAUCGAGAACUGCCGCACGCUGGACAUCAUCGACUCCGUUAUGCCCUUCACCAUCUGCGUGGCCUACUUCAACAGCUGCAUGAACCCCAUCCUGUACGGCUUUGUGGGGAGAAACUUCCGGAAGAACCUCCUGAGGCUGCUGCGGUGCGAUCGGCCUGGCACCAGGCCGCACACGGGCAGCACCACCAAGGCCGGCAGCCUCGCCUACCGCACGUCGGAAAAGCUGCACCUAACCAAAGAGGUCUCUUUGUCCAAUGUUAAAUGAGGUCCUUGUGUGAGACCUCAUGUUGACAAAACUGUUCUUAAAUAACUACUUUUUCUCUCUUUUUUUUUGUCAAAAUGUUUCCACCUCACAGUGUUGGAAUUCAUGGGCCCAUCUGCAAGGUCCUCCAUCAAUUCAGGGUAUAUAGGCAAGUACAAGCUAUCCUCUGAAAUAAAGUAUACUAGUUACUGAUUCUUUUGAGACUGGGGAUGCCUGAUUAACCAUGUCACUGUUGUGCAAUGAGACCACUGUUCUAUUGAAUGAAAACCUCCUUCCCUGUGGACUGUGGCCAUCCCAUAACCUCUUCUGAAGGAUUUGAAAAUUUGAUUUUCAUAGAUCUCUAGGUGCUUUUUUUCCCUCAUUUCCUUUUUCCACAAUUCUUUGACCAAUGAAGCUGAUGGCUUUAUUGUCAUCAUAUACGUAUAGUGUAUUUAAUCUAUUCAGUUUCAGUAACACACUAUACCUGGGUCUCCACUGCAGGUUAUCUACGCACAAUAUGCAUUGUCUAUAGUAUAUAAAUAAAAUGUGUGAAGUAUAACCAAACAUUUACUUUUUAAUAUGCUAAAAAAUUGAAUUGCCAAAUUACCAGUUGUGGAACAAUAUGGAAUCAAAAGUCAUUGGAAUUGCUGGAAUAUGCUGUGUGAUUAACAUACAUUGCUUGCUUAAAUGUAUAGUUAAUAUACAUACUUGUGUAUUUCCCAAUGAUACAUUGGUAUGAUAAUUUUGGUGAUAUAAUAAGUUAGGCCUUAAUUAUAUAAAUAGUACAUAUGGAUGAAUGACACAGGUCAACAUAUUUUACCUCUUAUUAUGACAAGUAAAUGUUAUUAAUACAGAAUAUCAUUCAUAAUCUAAGAAGUGUAUAUGUGAAGCAGUCCAUGUUUAAAUUGCAGUUUCAAGAGAUUUCAUAGUGCAGGAAUGUGUUCAAGUAAUGAUAUUUUUUUUAUUUCUUACUGGAAGUAAAUUGUGACGGGAAUUGAGAGAUGCAAUACAUUAUUAUAUGGUGAUUCUGACUAAAUCAUCACGCCACCCAUUUAAAUGACCCUGUUGGUGGUCACAGAGAUCUAGAGCUCAAGGUUACGGGACAUACACUGAAUGGGACACUAGUCCAUUGCAAGACAAACAGUGCAUAAUAUAUUUAUUUACGACAUUUUGUUGGAUUACAUUGCACCCUGGGAGAACAAGCAAACUCCUCACGGAGAGAAUUUAAUGAUAACAUAUAGUCAUUCUCUUAUUUUAUUUGACAUUAAUUAGACUGAAACAUAAAAUAGUAAUUUCAUUGAGAAAAUUGGAAUAUUCAUGUUCAAAACGUACUACUCUUAUGCCAUAAUAAUUCUAAAUUCAAAUAUAUAUGAAAGUAUAUUGGGUGAGUUUAAAAAAUGGUAAAUGGCAGGCAUUUAUAUAGCGCCUUUAUCCAAAGCACUGUACAAUUGAUGCUUCUCCAUUCACCCAUUCAUACACACACUCACACACCGACGGUGAUUGGCUGCCAUGCAAGGCCUCAACCAGCUCGUCAGGAGCAUUUGGGGGUUAGGUGUCAGGGACACUUUGACACCGCCUGGGCGGGGGAUCGAACCGGCAGCCCUCCGACUGCCAGACGACUGCUCUUACUGCCUGAGCCAUGUCGCCCCCUCUGGUAAAAAAAGAGAAUGUUUUUUUGUGUACUGCAUGGAUUGUGGUCAGCACAAGGCACAACAGUUCCACACUCGUGGGGAUUACAUUCAUGAUUAUUGUUGAUCUCAGUUGAGAAUAAGGAAUUCUUCAGUAUGUUUCAUCUAGCAUCCUUGUCGUUAACUCUGAAGCAGCAUCCUAACCAUUUGAACCAUUUGUCUUUCUUUGAAACAACCUGCAUAUUCUGUUACUUGGUGAAGGGCUUGUGUAAAUACGUGCUAGUGUACAGGUAUAAUAUUUUGUACAGAUUUAUUUCUGUUUAAUGUGCUUUGCUACUUCAAAGUGUCACUGUUAUGUUGCCUAGUCGUCUUUGACUGCUGUUGUGCUUCUGUUUAUGGCCUAUUCAAGUGCAUGGAGGUAAUGUAUUUGAGUGGCAAAGCUAAACUUGCAAAACAGUGAAAUAAUAUAAAUCUGAGAGACACAAAUAAAACAGCUUUUUAGAAAGCUCAAUUCUUAAAACUGUGAUAAUACUGUUCAUAUACUGUAUGUAUGUAUGAUAUUUAAAUGAUGUGUGAAAUGAUUUGUGGUUUUGAAAUUGGGCUUGGAUUUGAGGUCUGGACUAAUACACUGAGCUUUGACUGUGUGCUUGUACAGUUCUCAAGUGCUCAAGUGAUUGCAAUUGCUUUUGUUUUUAUCAGGUAAAAAACUUGAAGUAAAACAGGUUUAGAACUAAGCUAAGUUUCUUUUUUUUACUUUCUUUUUAUGAGUGACUAUCAGACCUUUGUCUGAUGCAUAUUUACACUUAGAUUUUUAACAGUAUUUAAAUAUUGCCAUUUUGGAUUCAAUUAUUUUCACUUACACUGACCGAAACAAAAAUGUUGUAAAUGUAGCAUUUCAAAUAUGUUUUUUGAAAAAGCUGAAUUUUGAACUAUACCAUGGCAUGACAUUUUGUUACUAAAUGACAGCAUAAAAAUGAUAAAAUCGCUAUAUUACCCACAUUAUUUCACAUGAAGGCUAUACUCUGAGAAUACUUUAAAUACAUUAUUUUGAAUCGCAAAUACUUAUUCAAGUAAUUUGAAACAGAUUUUUGAAAGAAUAUUUUAAGGUAAUUUGACUAUUAAAAUACCUGUAUAUGUUUCACCCAUGUCUUAUCUCUCUGAUUAACAAACUCAUCCAUGCUUAUGUGUGUCUGUCUGACAUCCUGCUCAUGAAGACUGAUGAAGCAUGGCCCACAGUGUAUGAAAUCCAUGUCACUGCUGUGACAUACGACAAAUACGAUUGCCAUUGCUGUCUUAUUUUAAUUUCAUUUUUGUUUUAUGGAUUAAUGAUAAUAAAAAUACAUAUGUAUAUGCUGGGAAA